GACAGCCCAAAGGAGAGACAGCCUCUCUGCACACCACACAUGGCCGUAACUGGGGAUGAGACAGAAUCAGCUGCCACUGGAGACAUGUCAGCCUAUCAGAUUCGCUCUCCUACCUCCAGUCUGCCGCAGGGUGUGGUUAUGGCCGCUUCACCUGGCUCCAUGCACAGCCCCCAGCAGAUGGCUGAGGAGGCCUCACGCAAGAGGGAGCUUCGCCUGAUGAAGAACAGGGAAGCUGCCCGGGAAUGCCGUCGAAAGAAGAAAGAAUACGUCAAAUGUCUCGAGAAUCGGGUGGCUGUACUCGAGAACCAAAACAAGACACUCAUCGAAGAACUCAAAGCUCUCAAGGACCUUUACUGUCACAAAGUGGAAUAAACCUUAAGAGAAACGUAACUGAACUGAAAAAAACUUAAACGCUGUUUACAGCUCACUGCAAGGAUCUUUGGGCAAAAACAAAGCGCUUUCACUUGACGUCCGGCCUUUGCUUGCACAAAUUCAAGGCAACAGUUGUGUUGCCCGUUAAGUCCUGUGUGUCAAAGAUGCUGAUCUCCGACCCUGUCUCUCAGUGGUGGUGAUGGUGGUGGUUGUAGU